AUGAAACUAUCACAAGUAUCGACCCAGCAAAUCGCAUCUGUCCAAGCCGCUACAUCCGAAGACGUCGACAUCGCUGUAGUCGCAGCCCGAGCCGCUCUCGAACACCCCAGUUGGGCAGAAAUACACCCAUCAGCACGAGGAGAGCUGAUCCGAAGACUAAGUGAUCUUGUUCAAGAGAACAUGGAAGACAUAGCAACGCUGGAGACAUGGGACGGUGGAAAGCCGUAUCUAGUCUCAUUGAACGAAGACCUCCCAGAGGUGGUUAGCUAUCUGAGGUACUUUGCUAGCUUCGCCGACAAAAUUCACGGUCAGGUUAACGAAAGUGGUGCGACCAAAUUCGCUUAUACAGUACGAGAGCCGAUUGGCGUGUGCGGGCAGAUUAUCCCGUGGAAUUACCCCUUGAUGAUGGCUGCUUGGAAAUUGGGGCCGGCUUUGGCUCAUUCUCUACUUCGCCGACUUGAUAAAGAAAGCUGGGUUUCUCCUGGAGUCAUCAACAUUCUGAAUGGCCGUGGAGAAGAGGCAGGAACGGCGAUCGCCACCCAUCCUGGAAUCGACAAGAUUGCUUUCACCGGAAGCACGGCCACAGGGAAAAAGAUCAUGGAAAUGGCCGCCUCAAAUCUGAAAAAUAUUACGCUCGAGACCGGUGGCAAGUCCCCUUUACUUGUGUUCAAUGACGCAGAUCUUGAACAAACAGUGAAAUGGGCAUAUGUUGGUAUCAUGAGCAACCAGGGCCAGAUUUGCUCGGGGACUAGUCGUAUCCUCGUACAGAAAGGUGUAUAUAAACAGUUCAUUGCAGCUUUCAAGGAAUAUGCAGCAAGGACCAGCAAAGUCGGUGAUCCUUUUCGGGACGAUACAUUUCAAGGGCCGCAAAUCUCGAAGAUUCAAUAUGACAGAGUCUUGUCAUACAUUGAUUCUGGGGUCAAGCAUGGAGCUCGUCUGGUGCUAGGUGGAGGACCAUCAAAUGAAGACGCCCCAGGCUUCUUCAUAUAA